CCCUUGUAAUAAACCCGCAAAUGCGAACUGGACCGCGUGGAGGAAAAGGGGAAUAGGGUGAUAAAAGCCGAAAGGGUUUCUAAACUGAACUGAGUGGAGAAGAAGGAAAACACGCGAAAAUGGAAGUGGCUAACGCUUCGAAGCAGUCCUCCAAACGCAAACGAACCGACGAAAACGACGUCUUAUUACUUCCUCCGGGUUCCUCCAAUGGCGUCAGCAGCAACCUGGACCUGUCUCUCCUCGAGGCACUGGAAAAAUCUCAACACGCAGUCGAAGUGCUCGACCUAAGGACCCUGAAGCGACUGGUUCUCUCCUUCGAGCGCCGCCUCAAGGAAAACAUCGAGGCCCGCCUCAAGUACCCCAACCAGCCCGAUCGCUUCGCCGACUCCGAGCUCGAACUCCACGAGGAGCUCCACAAGCUCAAGAUCCUCGCCGGUGGCCCCGAGCUCUACCCGGACCUCGUCAGUCUCAACGCCAUUCCCUCCAUUCUCAACCUCCUUGCCCACGACAACACCGAUAUCGCCAUCGACGUCGUCCUAUUGCUCCAGGACUUGACCGAUCCCGACAACGAUGACGACGACGAGAACAACGACGAGCACGCGCGGAUCCUCGUCGACGCGCUUGUCGAGAACAACGUCCUCGAGCUUCUCGUCCAGAAUCUGCACAGGUUGUCCGAUACGGGAGAAGCCGCGGAUCCCGACGAAAUGGCCGCCGUCUACAGCACUCUUGCCACCAUAGAGAACCUGAUUGAGGUGAAACCGCCGGUGGCGGAGUUGGUCUGCGAGAGGACGAAGCUGCUCAAGUGGCUGCUGGGGAGGAUCAAGGUAAGGGAGUUCGAUUCCAACAAGCAGUACGCCUCGGAAAUAUUGGCGAUUCUGUUGCAGAGCAGCACGGCCAACCAGAAGAGAGUGGGGCAGAUGAACGGCGUGGAUGUGGUGCUUCAGGCGGUCGCCAUGUACAAGUCCAAGGACCCCAAGACUUCUGACGAGGAGGAGAUGCUAGAAAACUUGUUCGAUUGUUUGUGUUGUUUGCUGAUGCCGUUGGAAAACAAGGAGAGGUUUGUGAAGGCUGAAGGUGUGGAAUUGAUGAUUAUCAUCAUGAAGCAGAAGAAGUCGGCUUAUGGGUCGGCCAUAAGGGCACUCGAUUUUGCAAUGACCAAGUACCCGCCCGCCUGUGAACGUUUUGUGGAUGUUCUGGGCCUGAAGACUGCGUUUGCUGCUUUUAUGGGUAAGAUACCCAUGAGUAAGAAGAACAAGAAAGAGCGAUACCAAGAGGAGUUAGAAGAGCGCAUUGUGUCACUUAUUGCAUCAUUAUUUGGUGGAAUCUUGAGGGGUUCUAGAAGGGAAAGAUUGUUAAGUAAGUUUGUGGAAAGUGAGUGUGAAAAAAUAGACCGACUUAUGGAACUCUAUAUGAGAUAUUCUGAUAGAGUCAGAACAGAGACUGACCGGCUGGACAGUCUUGAACUUGAUGAUUUAGAGAUGAAUGAAGAAGAGAAGUACAAUCGGAGGCUAGAGUCUGGACUUUAUACCCUUCAGUUAAUUGCCGUAAUCCUGGGUCAUCUUUGGUGCUCUGAGCACCCUCAAAUGAGAGCCAGAAUUGAAUUACUACUAAAGCAGCAAAAGCUUGCUCGGAAGGAUGUCAAGGAUAUACUUCAGGAAUUUCAUGACAAUAUUGGUGAUUUGGAUGGACCAGAAGAGAAAGAUCGUGCACAAGGAAAGAUUCAAAGGUUUAUUUCAGCCUUUUGAUUUCUUAGGUUGUAGACUAAACUUGUUCCAAACUGAAGGUAGUUCCGCUGAAGGUAAUGAGACUAUGAGAGACAUGUUUGUUUCAUAGUAAAAUGUUCCACCGUUUACAUUCAAAGUAAUCUUUUUAUGAACUUCCAUUCUUUGGAGCUAA